GUAUAUCAUCCCGCUUUCUCGGGGCGUCGCCAAUGAUAAAUCGCAGAUUCCGAUUGAUUGAGUCUUUCACGAAAGUCGAAUCGCCGAAGGUCAGAACAUUCUUAGACAAGAGAUCGGAUGAAAAAUUCGGCGCGAUCACACAUCACAAUCAAAUAAUCACUCUUUCUUCGUACUAUUUCAUUGAAUUCUUUACCCGGCCCUGUAUCCUUUGUUUACACAGUGCAGUUAGCCACAGAAACACUUGUCGAAGCGCAGCUACUACAUAGAUUCAUUCAAUUGCGUUAAAUUUAAUAAAAUCGAAUUGAAUUCAAUUUAAUUUAACCGUGUUCAAGAUGGAGGACAGCGAUGAUGCCCGGGAUAUGGCCAUCAAAGAGGCCAGGCUAGAGCAAAUGCUGAGUGAAAAAUUGAUGCAGGGAUACGUUCUAAUGGAGUCAACAUGUCCGAAGUGCUCAACUCCACUCGUUAAAAACCACCAGAUGGUCCCGCGAUCGCUCCAGUGUCCGUCCAGCGACCAAAACGAUACAAGACGAGUCGAUAAGUGCGUGCUGCUCCCUCAGGAAUCCUUCGAUCAACCCUUCAAGCCCGUCGAAGGGGUUCCAGUGUGCGUGCAGUGCAAUUCUCACGUGAUCACACAAGAGACGGAGGUAUCCAUUCUGGAACAAUGCGAUUCCAUGAAAGAUAAGGGAUCCAUUUAUGUGGCUCUAGAGGAAAUCACAGACGACAAACCGGAAAUUAUACACCUAGAUGGUGCCUUCGAAGUGAGUGUAAGUCCGAGUAAGGAACGAUCGAACAACACCUUCCGAGAUGGUGACAAUGUCACCGAGCAGAAACAUGAAUCACCAACAAGGCAAAUGGUUGACAUCGAGACAACCUUUGACGACGGUACUACCAACUACGAGAUUACCUUAUCUCCCCGAGAAGGAGAGGAAGGCAAACCAAUCGUCCUUGAUGGUGACGAAACCAAACCAAUCGACCUCGUGGAAGAAGAUCCACUAGGAUCGUAUGCUGAAAGGUAAGAAAACAAAAAGACAGAAGACAGGCAGAUACACAAUAAGAAACUAUUACGUAGAGUCGACAAACGCAAGCUAUUUAGUGUUUGCAUGAUUGCUAACAAUUUUUUUACAUUUUUUUUAAAUUGUCUCUCUUUUCACAAAUUGUAGGCGUGAACUCGCAACGAAGGUGUUAGGUGCGAAAAUGUUGCAGGGUUACACUCUCCAGGAGACGACUUGUGAAAAAUGCUCCAUGCCUGUCAUGAGCUACAAAGGAGUCGUAAAAUGCGUGGUAUGCCCCGCUCUCGCGAAAAGGGCGAAGAAGAAAUUGCGACAGAAGCAAAAGCAUCAAGAGGCUGCACUCGGCGGGCAGCAGCACGAGCAUGAAGAACCAAGUGACGUCUCGGAAGAUCUUCAACACCGGGACGAGCAAUUGGACCGUAUCAAGACCGUGCGCAAAGAGAUCGAAGAAAAAACGCAUCGCGAAGAAGAAGCGGAUGCCAAACGGGCGGAAGAACAACAAAAAGCGAUUAACCACGAAAAGGCUCGUAUUUUGGAUAAUAUGGAAGACGAUUCAAAAGAUCAUGCAGUUUCGCAAUCAGGACCAACAGAAGACCCUCAGAUACCAAUGUCGGAUGAACAAGCCGCGGAGUUGGCAAGAUUGGGAGCAAUUGCCAAAGAAGAGCAAAGAAAGCGCAAAUUGGCAAAAGAACAACGUCAAAAGGAAGAGGAAGCUGUCGAACUCGAAGCACAAAAGAAAGCUCUUCAAGAAAUUGAGACGAAGGCGUUGGCAGAGGAGUUGCAGCGUAUUGAGGGUAUGGACAAAAAUACCCUGCAAAACGAUAAGGCUUUGGCAAUGAAGAAGGACUUGAUGGUUGAGGAGUACCGCAAACGAAUGCUUGGAAAGGCGGCUUUGGACAAUGAAGUUGCUCGACUCGAAGAAGAACGUCUCAACGAAGAAAUGGAAGCUCGGCGAUUAGCAGAUGAACAGCGAGCAGAAUCCGAAAGCCGUAUGAUCGCUGCACUCGAAGCUGAUGCCGCAAUGAAGGCACUAGCUGCCGAGGAUGCCAUCCGCAAAGCAAAAGAAGCCUUGGCGGAGGUUCAAUCCACUAAGAAGCAAAUCAUUUCGCAAACGAUCGAGAUCGCAGAAAAAGAAGUCAUUGCAGAGGCGGAACAAACGAUCAUGGCAAACCGCGAGGACUACACUGAACCUGUCAUUCUUCCUACCGAUUCAGAAAUCGAAUCAGAGCGCUGGGAAACUCUCAGAAUGGAGGGUCGAGCGAUUAUGACAAGACGCAUUUUGCAAGGGUGGGAAAUUCUCCCUGAGGCGUGCAAGGGAUCCGAAUGUUUCAUGUCGCCUCUUAUCGGUCGUCUAGGACGCAAGGAGUGUUGCGUUUGUGGUGGGAAUGGUUCUGGGACCGAUGGAGCUUACUCCAAACAAGAAGUAGCAGAACAACAACAAUCUGAGGCCGAACUAGCUCCUCCACCAUCUGUCAAGCUUGAGACUUCUGAUGACGAAUGCAAAGGAAAGGAUUGGUAUGAUAUGAUGGACUUCGAAAAGAAACGGGCAAUCUACAGCAAAGAAAUCGGAAAGAGAAUGCUUCUAGGCUGGGUUCUUGUUGACGCGACCUGUCCCAAGUGCGGAAUGCCUAUGAUGAUGGAUGAUCUGGGAAACACCGAUAUAUGUGUUGUACACGGUGAGAUGAACAAGCACUUCGAUGCCUCUACAAUUGCAACGAAGGAUAUGGCAGCUCUUGAAACUGCUGGGGAAGUAAGUGUCGAAGAAGUUCCCGAGGAGACUGGAGAACAAAAGAAGCAUGUUGAAAGUGGAUCUGACGGAACAAGCCCUGAACUUGUAGUGAAGAGAACGGACAGCGAUCUAUGUUCUACAAUCCAAAAACAAGCUAAGAAGCAACAAACGAAGAGGAAACCUGUUACGACCAGUGACCCACCGGCAUUCAAGCCGCAGGCACGUGUUUCGGUGGAAACCGCCAGGCAAAUCUCUCAGGCAAGUGCUUUAGUUGAGAGCGCUAGGCAAAUCGCUGGUCAACCAUCCCAAAAGGUCAACGUCAAAGACGUUAUCCCAAUCGAUACAAAUGACUUUGCAGAUUCUUCCGCUUUUGAAAAAGUGACUGGAGCCCAAGGUCGCGAAGAGACCAAACCGAUAGACAUAUCGAUUGAAAUGGUUGCAAACAUGUUCUUGAAGAGCCCACAUGGAUACGAUUUUCAGGAUUUUGGACACUCGAUGAACGUUGACGAAAUUAAAGAGCUCGUUGACAUUUUCCUAGUGACAAACGUCGACAACAGUGUUUCAGAUGAUUUCAAGCUCUCGGUGGCCCAAAGAAUUCUUAGCAAGAUGAACUUGGACACUGCGAAGUCUCGAGAUGACUCUUUGCCGCUUCGUAUCGAAGUAGAUGAACAACAAUUCAACUUCAACGACAUAGAGAGUGACUAUACGGCGACAAAAUCGACGGGCAAGUUUGGAAAACGGGCCAAACCAAGACCCGAGGACCAAGCACGAGGCUUACCUCCCGUUUCACCAACCAAAAGAACAACGCCUCGGGGCGGUUUGAACUACGUUGGUAGUCCGACUUAUCGCCGUUCACGAAGCGACGACAUGUCCGUAGCUAGCCGUGCUAGUACUGUGGCAUCCGAUGCCCUGGAAUCUAUUUACGACAGAAUUGACGCUUGCAAGGAAAAGCUCUUGGAUCCCAAUAACACAUUGGAUGAGCAAAUUGCUACAGCUUCACUUCUCGAAAGGUUAGCGCAAGCCGCUGUAGCAGUGAAGGAAAUGGAAUACGUCGAGUAAAGCUUUUGAAGAGAUGACUGGCCGGGAGCAUUCAAGUUCAAUGUGGAGCUAAGAAAGGGACCAACUUUAAUUAUUUGUUUCAUACGAAGUACUUCCCAUGGUGAAAAUACAAGAGUAUUUUUAGA